CUGAACUCUUUCCAGAGUCCUUCAGACAGGGCUUGUAUGCAAAUAGCAGCUGUCCAAAGCCUAGGAAACUUGGACUCUCAGGAACCAGGCUGAGGGUCGGGAGUUGACACAAUACGGUCCCUGAGAUCGGCCCCUCACUAUGGGGAAAGACAGAUUUCCUCAUUUAUGUUUCUUGCUACUCCUCGUCCUGUUUUCUGCCAAUGACUCAGACUCUGCAGAACCGCAGUACAUGGUGCUGGUCCCCUCCCUGCUCUACACCGAGAGCCCUGAGAAGGGCUGCCUCCUUCUGAGCCACCUGAACGAGACAGUGACAGUCAUUGUUACUUUGGAGUCUCUCCAGGGGAACAGGAGCCUCUUCACCGAACUGGUGGAGGGGAAGAACUUAUUCCACUGCAUCUCCUUCACCCUCCCAAGGAUCUCGCUCUCUUCAGAGGUGGCAUUCCUCACUGUCCAGAUAAAGGGGCCUACACAAGAUUUCAGGAAGAGGAACACAGUGCUAGUAAAGAAUACACAAAGUCUGGUCUUCAUCCAGACAGACAAACCCAUCUAUAAACCAGGACAGACAGUAAAAUUCCGUGUUGUUUCCAUGGAUGAAAAUUUUCAUCCCCGAAAUGAACUGAUUCCACUGAUAUACCUUGAGAACCCCAGAAGAAAUCGAAUUGCCCAGUGGCAGAGUAUGAAGUUAGAGGGUGGCCUCAAGGAAUUGUCCUUCCCCCUCUCAUCAGAGCCCAUCCAAGGCUCCUACAAGGUGGUGGUAAAUACAGAAUCAGGUGGAAACACAGAGCACUCCUUCACAGUGGAAGAAUUUGUGCUUCCCAAGUUUGAGGUCAAAGUUCAGGUGCCAAAGAUAAUCAGUAUCAUGGAUGAAAACGUGAACAUAACAGUAUGUGGAAUAUAUACCUAUGGGAAGCCAGUCCCCGGACAUGCAACCGUGAACAUGUGCAGAAAACUACUUCACGCUACCAAUUGCUACAAGCAAAUUUUCUGUGAGAAAUUCAGCCAAGAGCUCAACAGCGAUGGUUGCGUCACCCAACAAGUGAAGACGAACUUGCUCCAGAUUAAACAUGCAGGCUAUGAAAUGGAAAUUAGCGUGAGGGCCAAGAUCAGAGAAGAAGGAACAGACCUGACAGUUUAUGGAAAUGGAACCAUUGAAGUUACAAAAAUUUUAACCAAACUCACGUUCGUGAACGUGGAUUCACAUUUUAGACGAGGACUUCCCUUUUUUGGACAGGUGCUCCUGGUGGAUGGGAAAGGUGUGCCUAUCCCCAAAAAACGCAUCUUCAUUGCUGCAAAUGAAGCCAAUUAUAUUUUCAAUGCAACUACCAACCAGCAGGGUCUCAUACAGUUUUCAAUCAACACUACCAAUGUCCUGACAAACAAACUUUUUAUCAGGGCCUACCUUGAGCUGCCCAGGUUGUGCUAUAACUACGUGUGGGUACAAGAAGAACACCAGGACGCUCAGCACACUGCACAUCACGUGUUCUCCUUCAGUGGGAGCUACAUUUACCUGGAACCUGUGGCUGGUACCCUGCCCUGCGGCCAGACACAGACUAUCAAGGCACACUAUAUACUGAAUGGAGAGGCCUUAAAGGAGCUAAGAGAGCUCAUUGUCUAUUACUUGAUCAUGGCCAAGGGAGGCAUCAUCAGAUCAGGAACCCAAGUGCUGCCUGUAGAGUCAGGAGACAUGAAAGGCAGCUUCUCCUUGUCCUUCCCUGUGGAAGCAGAUGUUGCUCCCAUUGCCCGAGUGUUCCUCUUCACCAUGUUACCAGAUGGAGAAAUGAUAGGAGAUUCUGAGAAAUAUGAGAUUGAAAACUGUCUAGCCAACAAGGUGGAUUUGAACUUCAGCCCGGCACAAAGUGGCCCAGCCUCACAUGUCCACCUGAGAGUUGCAGCUUCUCCUAAAUCUCUCUGUGCCCUCCGCGCUGUGGACCAAAGUGUGCUGCUCAUGAGACCAGAGGCCGAGCUCUCUGCAUCCUCGGUAUAUAAUCUGCUGACUGUGAAGGAUCUCACUGAUUUUCCCAACAGUUCGGUGGAGCAGGAGGAAGAACAAGCAACAUGUAGCCAGCCUUACAUUGUUCAUGGCGGAGCAGUCUAUGUUCCCUUACCAAGUUCUGAUGAAGAAGAUAUUUAUAGCUUCCUCAAGGGCAUGGGAUUGAAGGUGUUCACAAACUCAAAAAUUCGAAAACUGUUAUGUUCAAACAUCCUUACGGCCACAGAAGCAGCAAGGCAUAGAUAUUAUGCAGGAGCAGCUCUGUAUGUACCUCAACAUGAUAUGACAAUUUCUAACAACGUACAAAGUCUGGAGCCAGUCCCUAAAACUGUGCGGGCCUACUUCCCUGAGACCUGGAUCUGGGAGCUGGUGGUGGUGGACUCCACAGGUGUGGCUGAGGUAGGAGUAACAGUCCCUGACACCAUCACCGAGUGGAAGGCAGGGGCCUUCUGCCUGUCCGAAGACACUGGACUUGGGCUCUCUCCCGUUGCCUCUCUCCGAGCCUUCCAGCCCUUCUUUGUGGAGCUCACCAUGCCCUACUCUGUGAUCCGCGGGGAGGCCUUCACACUCAAGGCCACUGUGUUAAACUAUCUUCCCAAAUGCAUCCGGGUCCAUGUGGAGCUGAAAGACUCUCCAGCCUUCCAAGCUUCCCAAAACCAAAAGGGAGAGGAAUCCUACUGCAUCUGUGGAAAUGAGCGGCAAACCGUGUCUUGGACAGUGACUCCUAAAACUCUGGGAAAUGUGAACCUCUCAGUAAGCACAGAAGCAAUUCAGUCUCUAGAACUAUGUGAUAAUGAGGUUGCUGAGGUCUCUGAGAUUGGAAGGAAAGACACAGUCAUCAAAACCCUGUUGGUUGAGCCUGAAGGUAUUGAGCAAGAGAAGACUUUCAACUCCAUGGCCUGUGCUUCAGGUACUAAAGUGUCUGAGCAGCUAUCCCUGAGACUCCCACCAAAUGUGGUCAAAGAAUCUGCCAGAGCCUCCUUCUCAGUUUGGGGUGAUAUACUAAGUUCUGCUAUGCAAAAUAUACACAAUCUCCUUCAGAUGCCCUAUGGCUGUGGAGAACAGAACAUGGUGCUGUUUGCUCCUAACAUCUACGUCCUGAACUAUCUGAAUGAGACCCAACAGCUGACUGAAGAGGUCAAGUCCAAGGCCAUUGGCUAUCUCAUCAGUGGUUACCAGAGACAGCUGAACUACAAACACCAAGAUGGCUCCUAUAGCACCUUUGGGGAACAACAUAGCAGGAACCCAGGCAACACCUGGCUCACGGCCUUUGUGCUGAAGACUUUUGCCCAGGCUCGACCCUACGUCUUCAUUGACGAACAGCACAUUACCCAGGCCCUCACCUGGCUCUCCCAGAAGCAGAAGGAUAAUGGCUGUUUCAGGAGCUCUGGGUCACUGCUCAACAAUGCCAUAAAGGGAGGAGUAGAAGAUGAAGUGACUCUGUCUGCCUAUGUUACGAUUGCACUUCUGGAGAUUCCUCUUCCAGUCACUCACCCUGUUGUUCGCAAUGCCAUCUUCUGCCUGGACUCAGCAUGGAAUGCGGCAAAGGAGGGGGUACAGGGGAGCCAUAUCUACACCAAGGCAUUGCUGGCCUAUGCUUUUGCCUUAGUUGGAAACCAAAACAGGAGCAUAGAAAUACUGAACUCACUCAAUAAGGAAGCUGUGAAAGAAGAUAACUCAAUUCAUUGGGAGCGACCUCAGAAACCCAGGGCACCAGAAGAGCAUUUGUACCAAGUCCAGGCUCCCUCUGCUGAGGUGGAGAUUACAGCCUACGUGCUCCUUGCUUACCUCACAGCCCAGCCUACCCCAACUUCUGAGGACCUAACAUCUGCAAUGCACAUUGUAAACUGGAUCACAAAGCAACAGAAUUCCCAGGGUGGCUUCUCUUCCACUCAGGACACAGUGGUGGCUCUCCAUGCUCUCUCCAGAUAUGGAGCAGCCACUUUCACCAGAACUGAGAAAGCUGCACAGGUGACCAUUCAGGAUUCACAGUCCUUUUCUACAAAUUUCCAAGUAGACAACAACAACCUCCUGUUACUGCAGCAGAUCUCAUUGCCAGAGCUACCUGGGGAAUAUUCCAUCACAGUAACUGGGGAAAGAUGUGUAUAUCUUCAGACAUCCAUGAAAUACAAUAUUCUUCCAAAGAGGGAGGAUUCCUCAUUUGCUUUGAGGGUACAAACUCUGCCCCAAACUUGUGAUGGACCUACAGCCCACACCAGCUUCCAGAUCUCAAUGAAUGUCAGUUAUACCGGGAGUCGUCCAGUUUCCAACAUGGUGAUUAUUGAUGUAAAGAUGGUGUCUGGUUUUAUUCCCCUGAAACCAACAGUGAAAAUGCUUGAAAGAUACAGCAAUGCGAAAAGGACCGAGGUGAACAACAACCAUGUCCUCAUUUAUGUGGAACAGAUGACAAAUCAGACACGAAGUUUCUCCUUCACGGCUCUACAAGACAUCCCAGUAAGAGACCUGAAGGCAGCAACUGUUAAAGUCUAUGAUUACUAUGAAACAGAUGAGGUUGCUAUUGCUGAGUAUAUCGCCCCCUGCAGCACAGAUACCAAGCAUGAAAAUUUUUGAGGACCACAUUUAGGCUACAUACUUUGCUGAGUCCCCGUCCUAUGCCUUUGUUUAAGAGGAAUAAAGUUGUCUCUAUAAAACAUACACCAAAAACGUUUGUUAAAUAAAUACAUAUUUCUGGUUAAACUA